GUGACUAGCUAGAAAUUUUGGGGUAAAAGUCAAGAGCAAUUCGAUAAUCCAAGAAUCCCACAGCUGAUGGAUCAGUUGCUGAAUACCCAGGCAAGUUCUUGGAGGAGGGAGGGGGAGUUUAGGUAUCCUGGACGAAAUGGAUUUUUUGGUUUGUCUCUUUGAUUUUGAGUAUAGUUUAAAGUUCUUCCUUAACUGCAUAACUUGCUUUUUUCAUAAGAUCUUUAUGUACAGGUCUUCUGUUUUUCUCUUUGAAAUUGUGUAAAUUUAUCUUGUAAUAAAAUUCAGUCUGAUAAAACACUAAUCUUAAAUUAUUGGCAUUAAUAACAGUCUUCAAGAAGUGGACCGAAACAAUUCUGAGAGCACUGCUUAAGAACUAAUGUGAGCAGGUCUCAAGAAGUCUGUGGGCAUAGUUUUUACUGACCCUACAGAGAAUGGCCAGACAGGUUUCAGGUAGAAGUGUUAGAAAACGUUGUUGCCUCUAGGAACGGCUGCUGUGUGUUGCUAAGGGUCGUAUUGAAGAUAACAACAUGGGACUUGACAUUCACACCAUUUUUUGUCACCUGUUUGUUGCACAUGCUGUGCAGAUUUAAAGUUGAAAUUUUGACUAAAUUUAUUCUCUACACAUUUCCCUUGAGGAGUAGGAGCAGUAUUACUGCUAGUAGUACACGUUUCAGUGUGCUGGUAAGCUGGAGGUUCAUUUCUUGGGUAAGUACACUUGGGUGCACUGUUAGGUGAAAUGUCUUUUUAAAAUGUUUUCCUGCUUUUAAAUGUCUUAUAUAAAAAUGUUCUGUUUUUUAAGUCUUCUUAAAGUUUGCUUUGUUUCAUGUAAUAUGAAUAACAAUGAAUGUUUCUGUGGUAUUGUUUUCUUUGUAGUAUUUUAUAGUUGUCUUUAUUAUAAAAUAUAUGAACAUACUUUGGUAAUUAACAAUAAAUCAUGAUUAAGGUUUUAACAGCACUAGCUUUUCCCAAGAAGAGCUUCUGUCAUUGUUUCACUACAGGGCUUGAGGAGCUGCUUUUAUCUUUAGCAAAGAGCUUGCAGCAGGGUUACCCCUAAUUUCUGUAGCAUAAUGGUCUCAGUUUUUCUCAGCCAAACUGCUGAAUGAGAGAGUGAGAGGGGAAAGGAAAAAAACAAACCAGCUUGAUUAUGUUGGGGGCUACUGCUGCAAUUGGUGCUCAAUAUGGGUAACUUAAAAUUAUCUAUAGACAGUUGCCCAUUUACAGACAACCUUAUUCAUUUUUCUGAAUAAGGCCAAAUUCACUUUUGAUUCCACCAUUUGGCAUGAAAAUAAGUCUUUACCAUCCCUCCUCCCUGUUUUUAAAAAUGGCAUGCCUCAGGGCUAUGCCUAUGCUGUCUCCUCAGAAGUAUCAGUGCUUUCUUGUAUUGUUACACCCUUUCAGUCACCUGAAGAUGAAAAGGGAGAUUAGGAAAAGCACUUGACUUGACCUCAUGUAUUGGAGGAAAAUUAUGAAAGUGGAGUUAAACACUAUAUUAAACUUCAAAAAUUUUAAUUGAAUGUCUAUGAUCUUGAGAUGCCAGCAAAUGGCUGUGGCUUUGCUAAUGAGCAUUGUGAUGGUUAUAACUGGAAAAGAGUUGUUCAAGACUUCCUGUGUGGACUCUUUUGCUUUGGUUUGAGAUUUUUUUUUGGGGGGGAACAGAUCCUUCAAGGGUCCUCCUUUUUUUUUUUUCAUUUUGAUAAAUUUUGCAUCUGGCACAGAAUCUAAACCUGUAACCUGGUGAGUCAGCUGCAUGUGUCAGACUGCCUUGUAAUAACCAUCAGAAUGUACUAGUAUAGGUGAUAUUUAUUUAUCUCCAAUAAAUACUUGCUACUAUUUGAUCAGCUACCAAAACUUUCAAGUUCUGGUGGAGGAGCAAAGAAGUUUCUUGAUUACUAAACAUAAUCAGUUUAACUCCAGGUCUGAACAAUGUACCUGUUUGCUGCUGUUCAGAGCUAUCCUUCCCAUUUGGGAGAUAGGGAAACUUGCUAUUUUAGUGGAGCACAGCUUGACAGUUUGGUCAGUUAUUGGAGGGGGGAGUGGUAAGCUCUGGGAGGUAAGUUUUCCAGUUUCCCAUUUGGCUCCAGCUGCAGCCUGCCUCGUGCCGUGGCGCGCUGGCUGCAGUGGGGACGCCAGCACUGCAGUGGGACCAGUGACAGAAGCUGUUCUUCAGCGUUUUCAGGAUGGCUGUUUUCUGCGUCAGGAUGAGGCAUUCCUGCUGGGCAGAGCCACCGCCAAGAGCAAAGGUAAGGUAAUGUUUAUUCCAUGGGAAUGCUUAAGACAGCUGAGCAGCUUGUACCAACCGCUGCGGUAAUAGCCACAGGAGCUCUUUUCCCCCCUUAGCUUAGUUUAUAUACUGUAAUGUUUUUGUUCUGUAAAUAACUUUAUGCUGGAUUCUUUUCAUUAAACUAAUAUGAAUUUGAAUAGUACUUGUUCAGAUGUAAAUGUUAAUUUUCUGUGAUAUUUUUUCCCCCCCCCUUUAAUCUACUGUUUCCUCUUUUCUUUCUUCCGGAACAAAAAUAAAUUGGGGUAUAAUGUAAGCUGGUUUCUAUUCCAUCAUGGGAGAUGCUGAAUCUAUAAAAUGGUGCUGCAAAGUAGCACUAAAGUUUUGGGAGGAAUGAGACACCAGGAAACAUCUGCUAUCGUUAUACAUCCUCUCUUGGAGACUUUCAGCAAUGCUGUGUGUGUCAGAAAAUGCUUGCAGUCUGCGACCAUGCUGAGUUACAGCUCAUGAGGAAAAAGGGGCAUUUUCACCCCAGUUGCUCAGUGACUCGGUUGCAUAUGUUGGAUUGAAUACUGGAAAAAGAAGUCAGUAAUCUUCACAGUAACUGCAAACCAACUGUAUGCAGUUGUGAUCCAAACAGUCGAUGUAAAAUUAAAUCCAAUCGGGAGAAAGUUGGAAUGCAAUAGAUCUGUGAAUGUGAGUUCCUCACAUUUGUUCAGUGAUCGGUAUGUAAAUUUUCUCAGUGGCCAUUCUAGAACCCUAUGGACAUCUGGCUUUAAUUCACACCUGUGAAAAAGAGCAAAAUUAUUUACAGCAUGUUUCCUUGGUUCUGAUGUGCAGAAUUACUUUCCUCUGAACAGAUGAAUUUUUUUUUUUUUUUGUUAUUUGGUGCUGGGCUGUAGCUAUCAAAACCUUUGCUGGAGUAGUGGGGUUUUGUUUUUUUCCUUUCUCUUCAAACUAUACAGAACUCCUACUUGCAAAACAUGAUAUAUCCAAGAGGACUUCCACGGACUGUGAUGUGAAAGGCUUCUCAAUAUUUUCUUUGGUCUCAGAUUUUUUUGUUGAUUUUUCUUGUGGGCAAAGGUAAUUCUCUACUCUGUACUAGUAUUUCAAAAGCACCAGUAUCUUAAAACAUCAUUUGUUGAAAAGCUCUCUAGGAAGUUUUUUGCUGUCUGUGAAGCCUUACUGUAAGAUACUUUUGAAACCAGAUUUCAGAGUUUGUGCAGCCUCAGAAGCCUCCUCUGUUGGUAUCUUCAAGUUUGACUUCUUUUGGACUUCGUGAACAAAUACAAUUCUGUUUUUGUAUCUUUAAUUUUGUGUGUAGAUUCAAAUCUAAGUUGUUGGAAGCUAAGACUGACUGUUAGAUAUUAGCCCUUUAUAAUUAUCCUGUAUGUGCAGAUUGUAUGUUUAUACAGUGGUCUACCUGUUGUACAGUGUUUUUGAGAUGUUACCAUAUAAGAUGACACUUCAUUUCAAAUAAAAGCCUAUUUUUUCGCAGUUAAUAAUAUUUAAUGCUGGUGGUUGUGAAUUGUAUAAUGUUUUAUUGUGCCAUUGGACCACAAAGCUGGAGUUGGGAAUUGGUGGCUCUUGGGACUGUCCUCUUUUUACAGGUGAUGUUUGAAAUGUGAUUCCUGAGGUAAAGUGUUUAUGUUCUUGGGGGAAGAGGGUAAGGGGAGGGAUUGAAUGGUUAAUUUUGUCUUUUUUUUUUUUUUUCUCCCUUGUCCCCAAUGAUUUGUGGUAUUGCGUACCUUGUGCUUUUGGCUUGUUUUUUUCUUUACUAUUAAACUGCUGAUGUUUAUUUCCAGGAAUGUUUUGCAAAUGUCCUUCUCACUCUUCCCCUCUACAACUGUAGGCAUUCGUUGUGAAACACCUCUUGGAGUAUACCCAGCAGAGUGAGUCCAACCUGCAGUACAGCUUGUUUUUAGUUUUUGGCAUCUUUAUGACGGAAGUGGUGCGAUCGUGGUCCCUGGCACUAACCUGGGCGUUGAAUUAUCGCACGGGGGUCAGACUGCGUGGGGCUGUCCUGACAAUGGCAUUUAAGAAAAUUCUUAAGCUGAAGAACAUCAAGGAGAAGUCUCUUGGAGAGCUCAUAAAUGUUUGUUCCAAUGAUGGUCAGAGGAUGUUUGAAGCUGCAGCAGUUGGCAGUUUGUUGGCUGGGGGCCCUAUUGUGGCCAUCUUGGGAAUGGUUUAUAAUGUGAUUAUUCUGGGUCCGACAGGCUUCUUGGGAUCUGCUGUCUUCAUCCUCUUCUACCCAGCAAUGAUGUUUGUGUCACGCCUCACAGCUUAUUUCAGAAGAAAAUGCGUAGCAACAACAGAUGAACGUGUGCAAAAGAUGAAUGAAGUUCUUAAUUACAUUAAAUUCAUUAAAAUGUAUGCUUGGGUCAAACCAUUUUCUCAGAACGUUCAAAAAAUUCGUGAGGAGGAACGCAAAAUCUUGGAGCGUGCAGGUUACUUCCAGAGCAUCACUGUGGGAGUGGCUCCCAUUGUUGUUGUCAUUGCCAGUGUGGUGACCUUUUCUGUCCAUAUGAUCCUUGGCUAUGACCUUACAGCGGCUCAGGCAUUCACAGUGGUCACUGUCUUUAACUCAAUGACUUUUGCUCUCAAAGUUACUCCAUUCUCAGUGAAGUCGCUGUCUGAGGCAUCUGUUUCUGUUGACAGAUUUAAGAGUUUAUUUCUAAUGGAAGAGGUUCAUAUGAUAAAGAAAAAACCAGCCAAUCCUCACACCGCGAUAGAGGUGAAAAAUGCUACCUUGGCUUGGGACUUCUCCCAUGCCAGCGUCCAGAGCUCACCAAAGUUGACCCCUAAAGUGAAAAAAGACAAGAAAGUCGCCAAGAGCAAGAAAGAGAAAAUGAAGCUACAGAAUGAGGGACAGCAAGCUGUGCUGGCAGAGCAGAAGGGCCAUCUUCUAGUGGACAGUGACGACCAUCACAGCCCUGAAGAGGAGCACAAAAUCAUCCACCUGGUCAACCUUCGGCUUCAGAGGACUCUCUACAACAUUGACAUGGAGAUAGAAAAGGGAAAACUUGUUGGAAUUUGUGGCAGUGUGGGGAGUGGAAAAACUUCACUUAUCUCAGCAGUUUUAGGACAGAUGACCCUGCUGGAGGGGAGCAUUGCAGUGAGCGGCACCUUUGCAUACGUGGCCCAGCAGGCCUGGAUUCUCAACGCCACUCUCCGGGACAACAUCCUUUUUGGCAAGGACUAUGAUGAAGAAAGAUACAAUACUGUGCUGAAUGGUUGCUGUCUAAGGCCAGACCUGGCCAUCCUUCCAAAUGGGGACCUGACAGAGAUUGGUGAACGAGGGGCUAACCUGAGUGGAGGACAGCGUCAGAGAAUCAGUCUGGCUCGAGCCCUGUACAGUGACAGGGACAUCUACAUCCUUGAUGACCCCCUUAGUGCCUUAGAUGCUCAUGUUGGAAAUCACAUUUUUAACAGUGCAAUAAGGAAACACCUGAAGACAAAGACUGUCCUUUUUAUCACACAUCAGCUUCAGUAUCUUGUUGACUGUGAUGAAGUGAUCUUCAUGAAAGAAGGCUGCAUUACAGAGCGAGGCAGUCAUGAGGAACUGAUGAAUUUAAAUGGAGAUUAUGCAACUAUUUUUAAUAGCCUACAGCUGGGAGAAACACCACAUAUUGAGAUUAAUAUAAAGAAGAACACAAACAAUUCACUGAAAAGGCCCCAGGAUAAAAGUACCAAAACAGGGUCUGUGAAGAAGGAGAAAGUUGUAAAGAAGGAAGAAGAGGGCCAGUUGGUCCAGUUGGAAGAGAAAGGCAAAGGCUCUGUGCCCUGGUCUGUUUAUGGUGUCUACAUUCAGGCAGCUGGAGGCCCCUUUGCAUUCCUCAUCAUCAUGGCACUGUUUGUGCUGAAUGUGGGCAGCACAGCUUUUAGCAACUGGUGGCUGAGUUUUUGGAUCAAGCAAGGCAGUGGAAACACCACUGUGACUUUGGGAAAUGAGACUGUCAUAAGCAACAGUAUGAAAGAUAACCCUCACAUGCAUUACUAUGCUGGCAUCUAUGCACUGUCUAUGGCAGUUAUGUUGAUCCUGAAAGCUGUUCGUGGUGUGGUCUUUGUAAAGGGAACUCUCAGAGCAUCCUCAAGGCUCCAUGAUGAACUCUUCCGACGGAUUCUGCGUAGCCCCAUGAAGUUCUUUGACACUACCCCCACUGGGAGGAUCCUCAACAGGUUUUCCAAAGACAUGGAUGAAGUUGACGUUCGUUUGCCAUUUCAAGCAGAAAUGUUCAUCCAGAACGUCAUCCUUGUGUUCUUCUGUGUGGGAGUGAUUUCUGGGGUUUUCCCCUGGUUCCUGGUGGCAGUGGGGCCCCUCAUUGUCCUGUUCACAGUUCUGCAUGUUGUGUCUAGAGUCUUUAUCCGAGAGCUCAAGCGUCUAGACAACAUCACACAGUCUCCAUUCUUGUCUCAUAUUACAUCUAGUAUCCAGGGUCUCUCCACAAUCCAUGCCUACCACAAAGGACAGGAAUUUCUGCACAGGUACCAGGAGCUGCUGGAUGACAACCAGGCCCCGUUUUACCUUUUCAGCUGUGCAAUGCGCUGGCUGGCUGUGCGCCUGGACAUCAUCAGCAUUGCUCUGAUCACAACCACUGGCCUUAUGAUUGUCUUGAUGCAUGGCCAGAUCCCUCCUGCCUAUGCUGGGCUGGCCAUCUCAUAUGCUGUGCAGUUAACAGGGUUAUUCCAGUUUACAGUCAGACUGGCUUCAGAGACAGAAGCUCGUUUCACCUCAGUGGAGAGGAUUGACCACUAUAUCAAGACACUUUCCCUAGAAGCUCCUGCUCGAAUUAAGAAUAAAACUCCUCCUCUGGACUGGCCACAGGAAGGUGAAGUCGUGUUUGAAAAUGCAGAGAUGCGGUAUCGAGAGAACCUUCCUCUAGUACUUAAAAAAGUGUCCUUUACCAUCAAACCGAAGGAAAAGAUUGGCAUUGUGGGGAGGACAGGCUCAGGGAAGUCUUCCCUUGGAAUGGCACUCUUUCGUCUUGUUGAAUUGUCUGGAGGCUGCAUUAAAAUUGAUGGUGUGAAAAUAAAUGACAUUGGCUUGGCAGAUCUUCGGAGCAAACUCUCCAUAAUCCCUCAGGAACCUGUGCUGUUCAGUGGCACUGUGAGAUCAAACUUGGAUCCUUUCAAUCAGUACAGUGAGGAACAAAUCUGGGCUGCUUUGGAAAGGACUCAUAUGAAGGAGUGUAUUGCACAGCUGCCUAUGAAACUUGAUUCAGAAGUGAUGGAAAAUGGGGAGAACUUUUCUGUUGGAGAGAGACAGUUACUGUGCAUAGCUAGAGCUCUGCUGCGUCGUUGCAAGAUAUUGAUCCUGGAUGAAGCAACAGCUGCUAUGGACACGGAGACAGACUUACUGAUCCAGGAGACCAUCAGAGAGGCUUUUGCAGACUGCACUAUGCUAACAAUUGCUCAUCGCCUGCACACAGUCCUGGGCUGUGAUCGGAUCAUGGUGCUAACACAGGGACAGGUAGUGGAAUUCGACACCCCGACUGCCCUUCUGGCCAAUGAGAACUCGCGCUUCUAUGCUAUGUUUGCUGCUGCAGAGAACAAGGUUGCUGUCAAGGGCUGAAAUUCAGGGCAAAGUCACUUUAAUUUUGGAGAGCUAUGCUCCCUGCCUGUGGCAGGCCAGCUCUUCCUCCUCCUCGCAGAUUAUUGCCUUUUCAUCUUUUAAUUUUUAGCACAACGUGUCAAGCCAGAGAGUUUUUAAAACCAUGUCAGAAGAACUCUUCAUGUUUUUAUUAUUGUAUUUAUUCCAUAUUACUAAUUUUUUGUUAUUAAAUGCACUCUACAAUGGCUCAGGGAGCCAUAGUUAUAAAUGUAUCAGAGGCCUAUAAUGAAGCUUUAUACAUGUAGCUAUAUCUAUACAUAAUUCUGUAUAUAGCCUAUAUUUACAGUGGAAAUGUAAGCUGUUUAUUUUAUAUUAAAAUAAGCACUGUAUUAA